AUGUUAAAACUUAAGUUGUCAUCUUAACACAAUAAAGCUCUUUCUAUAAAUCCUAAUCAAGAGAACGCAUGGGCAAACAAGGGUAAUUAAUUGUUAAAUCAUUAUUUAGAAAUUGCAUUAAGGAAUUUGAAUAGAUAUUAAGAAGCUAUUAAUUGUUAUGAUCAAGCCCUUUCUAUAAAUUCAAAAGAUGAUAAUUCAUGGUAUAACAAGGGUAAUUAAUAAUUAAUAUUAUUAUUUAGGAAUCGCAUUAGAAAAUUUGAAUAACUACUAAGAAGCUAUUUGUUGUUAUGAAAAAGCUCUUUCUAUAAAUCCAACUUAAGAUAACGCAUGGACAAACUAGGGUAAUUAAUUGUAAAAUAUCAUUAUUGGAAUUGCAUUAAGGAAUUUGAAUAAAUAUUAAGAAGCUAUUAAUUUUUAUGAUCAAGCCCUUUCUAUAAAUUCAAAAGAUGAUAAUGCAUGGACAGACAAGGAUAAUUAAUUGUUAAUUAUCAUUAUUAAGGAAUUGCUUUAAUUUUAUUUGAAUAAAUAUUAAGAAGCUAUUUGUUGUUAUGAAAAAGCUCUUUCUAUAAAUCCUAAAAUAGAUAACACAUGGACAAAAAGGGUAAAUUAUAUCUAAUCUCAUGCCAUAAUAAAGCUCUUUCUAUUCAAACUACUCCUUUAAAAUUAAAACUAAAAAGUAAUUAGGUCUAUAAAUUAUAAUUAGCUAAUUCACUAAUUAAAUUAGGGAAUAAAUCAGAAGCUAAAUAAUUUUGCUAAGCAGCAUUGGAGCAAGGAUCAAAUGAAAAGGAUUACAUUAGUAAUUAUGAAAUUAAUAAAUCAAACUGGCUUGAAAAUUUUGGUCAGAAAUCUGUAGUAUUUUCCUUAAUCAAAAAUUCAAUUCAAGCUUAUUAAAAUAUAGAGUCUCGUGUAGUUAUUUGAAUUUGCAAAUUCGAAAGGUAAAAUAUAAUAUGUACAUUCGUGA